AUGACUAAUCUUAUUUCAAGUGAACUUAGGAAAAGCGGAAGCACAGAAUCACUCUCUACUCCGGUCGGAUCGGAUCGACGAUUGGAUUCCGGAUCUCUUCAGUCCAGUCAUGGGAGUGAGCCGGCAGCACUUCAGGUAAACCCUCUCAAGUUUUCCGCAAGAGCAUUUUUGCAGCCGUCAUCGACCACAGAACCAGUUUCCAAUCAUUGCUCAUUGUCUUCCUCCUGGUUUGAUGAGCCGGACCGAUCACCAGAUCUGGAUGAAACCUAUCUUAGUGAUCUCGGUGAGGAUGCCCAAUCCGCAACUCAAGCUGUGACCAAACUGAACGAGACUAGUUUUACUCCCGAAUCAUCUUUCCCCUUAUCCGUCACAAAAGUCGAUUCCCCCAAACAGAUUUAUACUUCAACUCAGAUCCCAUCAAGACCAGUGAUCGAGAUGCCUUCUUCCCCAUCUGUGAACUCCAUAACCAAGGAGGAUCAUGCACAAACAACCGACAACCUGCAGGCAGAGUUGUCAGAUCACAUAUCAGUUACAAAACGUUUCUUAAAUCUUGUGAUAGAGGUUUGCGAUAUGAUCGAGGCGAUUCCCAAUGGCAAAUUAUUGGCUUGUUUUGGGAAUGACUCAACAAAAAUUACACAACUUCUACUUGAAAGGCGUUCAUUAGAAGCUUCGAAUAAAGAAUCCACACAUUCACUGCAGAAGCCAAAACCGUUUCUUACAACAACCUCGACACCCACUAAACGCGGCCAAAUGGCCAUCAAAGGUCCCCCCGCUAGUAGCAUCACAAAACCCUCUGUUCCUCUCAAAAAGCCCUUUACACUUGGCUCUGUUGACCGUGCGAAAUGCUCCGUUCGGACUCCAAUGAACCGUCCUCUGUUUUCGGACGAGGACAGCUGGUCCUCGGAAAUAGUUGACGAGAAAAAAUCGUUUCCUCCCACGAAAUUCACUAGUUUUACGGACAGACCGACCCCAGGUUUGUCGAAGUCAUCAGCAAAGAUCAAACCGAGCAUUGCGGCGGAAAAGCCCAAACCCAGCGUGCCAGCUCUGACAUCAGACAGUGGUGAGGGUAGCGCCUUCAAACCCCUCUCGUGUGCAAUAAGCAAAUGGGAGGUUAAAGCAGAUGAAAUCAAGCACCAAGAGCAUCAGGACGACGGUUCCACGGGGGAAUUUGACGGAACCGAUCGGUUUCCGCACUCCGCUCGUAUGAUGGAUGCAUUCGCCAAACUGUUCGGUUUACGCUCGUUUCGCCGUAACCAGCUUCAAGCUGUAAAUGCUGCCCUGUUGGGGCGCGAUUGUUUUGUCAUUAUGCCCACAGGUGGCGGAAAAAGUCUGUGCUAUCAACUCCCGGCAGUUGUACAGAACGGUCUCACGGUUGUGAUUUCACCAUUGAAAGCCCUCGUUUUGGAUCAGGUGACGAAAAUGCAAUCGCUCGGAAAACCUGGUAUGUUGCGAAAUAUCUGCAUUAAAACGCCGUCAGUCUUUUUGCAUGUUGAAUCCGCGAAAACUGAAACGAAGGUCAAUCAAUCUGCCACACAAUACACUCAACAAUCCGUANAGUGUAUUGAGUAUCAGGUUGAAGAUUAA